GGCAAGUGCGCAACAUGAAGUUCGCAGCAAGCGUGAGUGUGGCAGUGACCUUCCUGUGGUUGCUGGCAGCAGUUGGGGCCGGUCCAGUGGUGAUCAAGCGGGUUGUUCGUGAAGCACGUCCACAGUUUCCAUUCGGUGGCAUUCAGAAUGCGCCGAACGCGCCACCGAACGGAAUCGGAGUGCAGACACCGAUCGGUGGCUUCCAUCUCGGGCUUUCCACUGGCCUAACGCUGAACCUGGGACGCCGACCAGCCGAUCCAGCGGAGGCUCCCGAGGUACAGGUACCACCGGAGCUACAGAGCGUAGGUGUCCCAUCGAUUGGUGACGAGGUGGGAAUCCGCUCCGAGGAAACCCCGGCAAGUGUUGCUCCACCGGCAAGUGAGGCUCCGGUGACCGAGCUGUCAGAGGAUCAUCCGUGCGCCGGUUACGACCCGAACCAAGCGGCGGCCGCUAAUGCGACGACUGAUGACAGCUCGACCGCAAAUCCGUGCGCCGGCAUCGGAGGUGGCAACCGAAUUAGUCCGAAACAGGCAGCAUUACUGUCGCUUGUUGGAUGA